AUAGCUCAAAAUGUUUCAAUUAUAAGUCACGCACAUUUAUUGUAGAAAAGUGUUUUUUGUCUUGAAUAAAUUUAACAUUUAUUUUUUUAAAAAACACUAACUACGUACACUGAUUACACUACUAAAGACAGUACUACUACGUCAGACAGAAUCACACUCCAUGCUUAUUCUGCGAGUUUUCUAUGAUGAUUUCAACGUGCAGAUCAUGGGUCUUUGCGAUUGAUAGCAUUUGAUGAGGCCCAAAUCCAAACUUAAAGGAAUACGAAAUUGUGGCCCAGUUAUCAUACUAUUCAGCACUAAAAAAAAAACAAAAAAAACAGUCACACGUGCGUGUCGUUAUAAUCCUCGUAAGAGUGAGUAUUUGAUCUUGUCGGUUUCUCCUUUGACCAUCUCUCCGUUUUUACCGCGUCUUCAAACAAAAUACUACUCUAUAAUUUUGACCCUUUUUUUACCUUGAAAAAAAUAUCUCAAACCCCAAAAACCUAACCUCGAACGAAAACGACAAAAUUUCCGUUCGUUCAUCAAUCGCCUUGAAUUCUCUCGUCAUCAACAAUUGCUUCGAAUCCAUUUGAACCGAUGAUUUCGAAGGAUCACCACCACCAUCAUCAUCAUCAUCAUCAUCCGGAUCCUUUGGUCACAUCCUCCAAAUCAUUCCACAUGAAAGCCUCCGCCGUUGCGCCGUCGUCGGCAUCAGUUCAAUUGUCGCAAUCGGCGUGGCUGGAGGUUCGUCUGUUCUACGUCCGCAUCGCCCCCUGCUUCGUCGAGAACGUCCCCGACUCCCUUACCCUCCGUCACCCCCGCCGUGAAACCGGCGCUUCUCUCGAGGUAAACGGCGUCCGCGUUCCUCCACUGCAGACGGCGUCUCUAAAGCUCCGACGCGACAGAGUGGACCGGGAAUCGUCGGAGGUGACUUACGUGAGCACGGAGGCCGUGCGCGUGACGGGGUGCGUCGAUUUCGAGGUGUACGAUAAGGAGGAGAUGGUGCUGUGCGGGAACCUAGAUAGAAUCGAAGGCGCGUGGAGUAAUAACGGAACGGUGAGCGAUGCCAAGACUGGGUGGGGCAUGGAUUGUUACGUGGCUAUGCGAAACGGUUCGGGCUCUUCCUCCUCCUCCUCUGCGUUUUUCAGGCCGAAGCUUGGCGUCUCGUCUCCCUCCGUGGAGGUUUAUAUUGCUGGUUGCUGUGGCGGUGUUCCCGUCAUCUUGACUAAGACCAUUCAGGCGAGUCCGAGGAGGAAGGUGGCCAGGCACGUGACGCUCGACGCUAUCCCUGAGGACGAGGAGGUUGAGAAGGAGCAAGACGUUGUUACCACUGGUGAUGAAUUCGCCCGCCAGCAGAAAGUGCAGAUGAUGGAGUCAGAGGUUGGUGACUACGAUGAUGAGUCUGAAAUGAAGAUGAGGUACUACCCUGAAGGGAUGUACGUGGAUGAGGAUGGUCAACUCUCGUGGUUCAAUGCAGGUGUCAGAGUUGGAGUUGGGAUAGGCCUUGGGAUGUGCCUUGGCGUUGGCAUCGGAGUUGGAUUGCUCAUGCGCUCAUAUCAAGCUACUACUAGUAACCUUCGUAGGAGGUUCUUCUGAUCAUCAUCACCCUGAGGCAUGUCGAGAUGUUUGAAUGGUGGUAACUAUGAAUUCCGCUGUGGGUGGGUUAUAGAAAGCAAGAAACAAGUGGAGAUAGAAUUUUGGUAGAUAGCUGUAUAGACUUCUUCUUCGUUUUUUCAUCGCUUAUAGUCGGCUUUUGUUUUUAUUCAAAUAUUUGUUGCUUCGUGUUGUUGUCGCUGCUACACUCUGGAGCUUGUGUUUUCUUCCUGGUCAAGAAGAAAUAAUAUUGACAUAGGAAGCGUACAUGUUUCACU